ACGACGCCUUGUACAAGUUUUGUCAGUUUUGCUAGUAUUUGAGGUUCAAGUGAUUAAAGAACAAUUCUAGUAUUUUUUUAGCGUUACAAUAAUUCUAAAUAGCUAAAUUCCUGUUUAAAUUUGACCAAGGUAAGCAACUGCAAAAGGCCAACAGUAUGGUAUUUUUAUACCAGUAUUUGCAGUGCCCCUCUGUCAACGGGUCAAUAUGCCUUCGUACAAAUCUAUGAGAAUAUCAUCAAAAAAGUAUAAAUUACGAAGAAAAAUGAUACAAAAUGCAAUCAUUUGAAGACAUUUAAACAUAAUCAAUAAACGUUAUAAAAAAAUACCCAGAGUUGAGAUACCUCGAGAUAAAAAAAAAUAAAAAAAAAAUAAAUUUGUCGAAAAAAAUCAAGGCAAAGCCAAGAAUCUUUCUAAAUUUGCAGUUAUAAUAUGUGCUUAUAUUAUUAACGGCAAAAAACGAGAAUUUAACCAACCGUCAAAUAUAUAAAAAAAAUAUCAUAUUUGAAACGAAAUGAAGUGAAAUUAUACAAAAAAAAAAAAAAAAAAAAAAAAAAAAAACAUCAAUUUAAUUAAUUGACACGAAACCAAAUUUAUGUCCUUAUGAUAUGAUGUAAAAAAUCAAUGGUGAUCAAAUAAUUACUAAAUAGAAAAAUAUAUGUGAGAAAAUUUAGUCUGCUAAGGAUAUAUUUAAUAGUGACGUAAGGUAUAAACGGAAAAAAUAGUGGUUAAAAACUGUUUUUUAAAAUAGCACACAACACACACAAAUUACUAUUAAACAAAAAAAAUAAUCAAUUGCAGUAUAAAAAGAAUCAUCUUUACUUAUUAUUAUUAAAUUAAAUUAAAAAAAAAUUAAUUAAUUAAUAACUUAGGGUUAAACGCUCUUUGGAUACGUGCGCUAGCUGAGAUUGUGUGAGCUUAAACAAUCUCUAAACGAACACUAUCCUUGCUGUACAGAGCACAAAUAUCUGUGAUAAAAGCUCAAUUAGACUUAAGUAGUUUAUCUAUUUAGUAAAAUAUAUUAAAACUUUGAAAAGUGACAAAAAAAGUCAAGACACAUCACCAAUAAAUAAAAAAAAAUAAAAAAAAGAAGAUUUAAACAUCAUCAGUCAGCGAGAAUAGCGAGCGGGGAUCAUUUCCGUCCUUAAAGGGUGAAGGCGCUUUAAUCAAAAAAUUCCCCAACAUUUCGACGACCGACGUAAGUUUAAAACAAAAAAUAAAAAAAAAACUUUAAAAUUUACGAACAAAAUAAAUAAAAAUAGUGAACGAUUGUGCAUGAAAAACGAAAGCAAGUUGAUGAUUCCAAAAAUAAAAAAUCUAAAAACAAAUACCUAAUUAAAAUUUUUACAAAAAAUAAACAAUAAACAUACAAAAAAAAACUUUAAAAGUGUUUCUAAAAUAACUAUAAUACAAUUGAUUGUCCUUAUUUUAGUGAAAAAUAAAAAAAAAUAUAAAUGAUACAAUAAUUUUAGCUAAAAAAAAAUAGUAAGAGAUAGUAUAAAAAACAAAGCAUAGUGCGCCCAGCCACACUUUGGAUCUUCCAAUUGCAAUAUCCUGUCCUUUUUCGUGAUUAAGGUUUUUAUUCAAAAAAAAAAAAUAAUAAUAAAUAAAAUAAUAAUUAAUAGUGAUUAAUAAUCGUGCAUAUUAUUAAAAUAAUAAGACAAUUAACUGUACUCUACUAUUAAAAAAUAAACAAAAGUAUUUAAAAAUAGCUUAAAAGGACCAUUCAUAGAGUGCUGAUAAAAAUAGACGUUUUGGAAGCUGUACUAUUUAAUGUUCCACGAGAAAAAAGAGAUCUACUUGUUGUAAUUUUGUUAAUUAUAUAAGGACAUCUACUAGUGAUAAAAGUGAGCUACUACUAUAAAAUUACAAAAAACUACUACUACUACUACUUGCAUAAAUAAUAUAAUCAGGAGAUUUUAAGGAACGACACAUCAUAUAUAUUAUUAUUAUAUAUAUACUUCACACCGAUUGUUAGAAAUCCACAUUACAACGUUAUUUUGGCAGCACGUGUAGGAAGCAACCAGAAAGAAUAACAUUGGAUGUGAUCAAUUUUCCACAGCGAGAGCAACAACAAACAAAAAAAAAUACAACAACCCAACACGAACAAGUCUGAAUACGCUUUUAAUACUACUAAUAAUAAGAAUAACGUUAAAAUUAGUAAUUGUAAUGGUAUAAAAGUAGUUGUAAGGAUGGAGAUGCAGAAGAAAACAAAAAAUAAAAAAAUACAGCAAAUCAUGGUAUCGAUGGCAGACCUACUACUGCUACCAUUCAAAGAGUCUGAUGAACAAUCAGGGAUUGUAACUGAUUCAAAAACUACAAAACGGCACGACGAUGCAUGCACGGGGAUUACGAUGACGACGAUGAUGCAGACAAUUAUGGGCGAUGCCGAAAUGAGGAAAAUGUUUGAUGCGAUGUUUAUGGAAAUAUGCGAAAAGUUGAUGGAACGCAAGCAAGCCAACGAAUUAUUAUUUGUACAACAACUAGAAGCAAUGCCAUGGCCAUUAAUCCCUAAACAAAUGUUGAUAUCGUUUGAUGAUGAAGUUUUAAUAACUUUAAUAGUUGUAGCAUUAAUAAUAUUGAUAAUAACCAAAAUCAGCCAUAUUUCGGAUGAAAACAUUAAAACUGUGAAUAAAAAAUGUGAUUUAAUUGAUUACCUGACAAAAACUAAUCUUAAGGUUAACUAUUACGAUUAUUAUGCUAACUCUAGUACGGAUAAGCAAGCAAAAAUACAACACAACAAAAACUACAACAACAACAAUGACCAAAAUAUGUGUAUCGAUAUUAAGGGUAACCAACGUACGGAUAAGAAAACUUUGCAAUUCAGCACAUUCGACGAGUUGUGCCAGUUGCAACGCAACGAGAAACGCAUUUUCGCCGAAGCUGCGCGCCAGAACAAGACUAUCAAGAUGCGUCUCUGCGGCGGCGGCGAAGGAUCUCUCACGAAUCCAACGACAGGCUGGGGUUCGCCGCCCAAUUCGCAACUCAAUCCGGGCAAUCCAAACGCCGGAUCGUGGGGCGCUACAAACCCUCCUUCGCAAUGGGGUCAAGGUCAAACCCCGGGCCAGCAACAACGCCCUCUGAAUUCGGGUCCUCCGGGUCCCGAUGCCGGCAACAAAAACCAAAAUUCUGUUCCGAACCCUGCACAAGGCCCCCCCAAUAUGGCAGCUACCGUACAACAAGGACAAUCAGGAGGCGGCAACUCAAACGCUCCCAAUUCGAAUCAAGCGCAAGCCGGAAACGCAAAUUCCAAUGCUAACGCUAACAAUCCGCCAAAUAAUCCGCAGCAACAACAACAAGCGCCAUCUGGCGGCGGGAAUAACAACGGAAAUUUUCCCGCAGCAGGAAAUGCUGGCGCUGCAGGCAACAAUCCGCCUGCAGGAAAUGGAAACAAUCCAGCAGCUCAAGUUCCCGGGGGAGCUCCCGCUGCAACGGCAAAAAAUCAACUCGAACAAUUGAAUACGAUGCGUGAAGCGUUGUUUAGUCAAGAUGGAUGGUCUUGCUCGAAUGUUAAUCAAGACACGAAUUGGGAUGUGCCCGGAUCGCCGGAGCCUGGUUUGAAAAGUGAUCCAAAUACGCCAGUUCAACCUUUGUGGAAGACUGGGAUGAAUAACGGCACCGAAUUGUGGGAAGCUAAUUUGAAGUGCGGCGGACAACCGCCUCCCGCGCCAGUUGCCAAAUCGCAAUGGACUCCAAAAGUUCCCUUUGGCGGUACAUGGGGUGCUGAUGACGAAGAGGAAAAUGCCGCUGGCAACACUGUUUGGAACACAAAUCAGCAAAAUAACCCAGCGCAAGGUUGGAAUCAGAAUCAAGGACCUGUCGGAAAUGCAGGUUUCAAUGCGGCGCCAAAUGCUCCAAAACUCGAAAACGAAUGGAAUGCCAAUCCGGGCAACAAUUGGGGCGAUUUGCGUCAACAACCGCCGCAAUCUGAUCCGCGUAAUUUGCCGGCGAAUCUCAUGCGAGAUAAUUCCGUGGGUUCAGGCACGGGCAUUUCGGGCAGAUUGAAUCCAAAUAACAUCGAUUGGGCUCAAAACAAGGGUCCCAUGAUGGGAGUUGGAGGCGUUACUCCGACAAAUGGGCAAUGGGCUCAAACAGGCCCGAAAGAUAUGCCGACGGGCAAACCAAGCGGAUGGGUUGAAGGAACAUCUCCCCCUCGUAUUGGAAGAGGACCUCAAAUGCCUGAUUAUAAUGACGGAACGAAUUUGUGGCAACAAAAUCAACGCGGAGGCGUUCCCGGAGGAAAUGCUGGUCCUCAUUGGAAAGAUAUGCCUGAUGGUUCACGCCCCGGAAAUAUGCCACGCCCGGGAGUUCUUGCAGGCGCGGGAAAUCCAGGUCCCAUUCAAUCGCGUUUAGGUCCCAGCGGACCCAUGAAACAAGAUGUUUGGCAGAGCGGAGGAGCUCGUACGUCAUGGGAUGAACCGCCCCACACUUCAGGCGGAUGGGACGAUGGCAAUAAGAUGCCAGGCGGCGGCGGAAACGCAAAUAACGCUUGGGAUGCCAAUUGCUGGACCAACAAACCGAAGCCUACGGGAUGGCCUGACAACGAUUUGGGCAUGGGUAGCGAUUGGGCACACGGGCAAAAGGGACCCAAUAAGAUGGUUUCGAGCGAAAUGGUGCGCAAUAGCAAGCAAUUCCGCAUGUUGAUCGAUUUGGGCUACAAGAAGGAAGAUGCCGAAGUUGCGUUGCGCAAUACGAAUAGCUUCGAGGAGGCUGUCGAUCUCUUGAGUCAACGUAAUGCCGCCGGGGGAGGCAACAUUUCCGAUCAAUGGCGUCGUCAUGACGAACAUCCGAAUGCAUUUGAUCAUCCACCGCGUUUUCCAGGUGCUCCGACUCCUACAAUGCCCUUCCCACCGAACUCUAAUCCUAAUAUUUUGGGCAACUUGGGAAGCAACCUAACUGGAAAUCAAAUAAACAAAAUGUCUCAAAUUCCACCAAAUUAUGCGCCGCCCGGUUCGGGUCCCAACUUUGGACAACAACCUGGCUCGGGAACGGGCGCCAAUCCGCAAGGAGGCUCUAGUCAACCGUCUACUCAGCAAUUACGCAUGCUUGUACAACAAAUCCAGACAGCUGUUCACGCUGGAUUCCUUAAUCACCAAAUUCUUAAUCAACCAUUAGCACCACAAACAUUGAUCUUACUCAAUCAGUUACUUACUUGUAUUAAGCAAUUACAAUUGUACCAAUCAAACAUGAAUCGUCCCGGCGUCAAUGCGGUACAAGCUAAUAUUAUUACUUCCAAGUUGCAACAACAAAUCAAAACAUUGCAAAACCAAAUUACUGCUCAACAACAAAUGUAUGUUAAACAAGCUCCAUCUAAUAUGCCAAAUCCAAAUGAUUAUUUACGUUCGCCAACUGAUCCAACUGGAUCGCUCAUGACUGCAUUCCCUGACCUUAAUAUCGGAGGCAAAAAUGAUCCUGGCGUUUUCAAUCAAAGCAUUUCUCGCUUGGAGUCCCAAUGGAAAGUUGGAUCAAAGGACAGUUCUGAUCCAUCUGAAUUCUCUCGUGCUCCCGGAACUACUGCUAAAUCCUCGAUUUCAGCUACUCCGUCGAUUGGUUUGGGCAGUGACAGCCCAUGGUCCUCAAGCGUAUCAGGACGUGAUGGCGGAUGGCCAGAACCAAGCAACGAUAGCAAAGAUGUUGAUUGGCCAAGUCAACCAAGCCCAGCCUUUUCUGAGUUAGUUGUUCCUGAGUUCAAGCCAGGAGAGCCGUGGAAGGGAACUCAACAAAAAUCGAUUGAAGACGAUCCAAGCAUCACGCCCGGCAGUGUUGCUCGCAGUCCAUUGUCGAUUGCAGCAAAGGAAUCUGACUUGUUUUCCGGAGCGAGCAAGACAUCGCCUGACAUUCAACCCAUAAGUCUUUCGAAUUCAACAUGGAGCUUUACUCCAUCGGGACAACAAAGUUUCUCAAGUGCAAAAGCAACUUCAAACAGCACCUGGUCUGACACAACUCCUCCAAUUCCAAAGUCGAUGCCAUCAUCUGCCGCUGAUUUGUGGUCAAACAACAAGGCACCUCGCGGACCUCCUCCAGGCUUAGGAUCCACAAAAUCCGCUGGCGGUAACGGAAAUGGCGCCGCAUCGAACAACUGGAUGGGACUCGGAGCUCUCGGCGGAAAUCGCAACAGCGGAACAUCAGGCUCCGGCAAUUGGCAAGCUUCGAGCGGCGGAAGCGGAUGGUUCUCUUCAUGGUUGCUCUUGAAGAACCUUACAGCACAAAUUGAUGGCUCGACACUCCGUACUCUCUGCAUGCAACACGGUCCCUUGCAAAAUUUCCACUUGUACUUGCCGCACGGAAUUGCCCUGUGCAAAUACAGUUCACGCGAGGAAGCCCAAAAAGCACAAACCGCUCUCAACAAUUGCGUGCUCGGCAACACGACAAUUUGCGCCGAAUCGCCAAGCGAAAGCGAAGUUCAGAGCAUUUUGCAGCACUUGGGUGCCCCAUCGAGCGGCGGCAAUGGCGGAAAUCCCGGCGGACAAGGCGGCAAUGGAAAUUCCGCGUCGUCCGGAUCUGCAGGUCUCUCGCAAUCAUCUUGGAGACCCCAAAGUCAAGCAGGUCCCCGACCAACGGGAGGAUCUGAUGCAUGGGCAUCCAGCUGGCCCGCAGGCAGUUCAUCAGGCAACUUGUGGACACCGAUCGACGGUGUUCCGGGCGAACGAGGAACUCCAUCCAACUUGAGCACAUUCUUACCAGAAAACUUGCUUGGCACUGAAUUGAAUUAAAUUUCUCAAUAUCAGUCUGAAUAUUUUAUAGAGUAACAUUUAAGAUGUGAAAGACAAUUUUUUUCUUCGAAAUAUUGCGAUUGACACGUGUAAUUUUAGAAUUUAAUAUUUUUUUUUUGAAAAUGAUAUUUUUUUUUGUUUAAUGUUUCUAGUUUUACUUGAAAAGAAAGAAAUGAACAUCAUAUUUGACGAUUGAAAUUUAUAAAAAAAAAAACAAAAUAUUAUAAUAUUUAUUAGUUUUGUAAGGCAAAAUAAUACGAUAAAUUUUAAGAAUUACAUUUUAAUGAAAUAUGGUGCAAAAAAUGCGUACACAUAA